UAAAAGGCGGAAUUGCAAAGAGAAGCGGAAAAACCCUUUUUUACAAUAUUUCUUUUCCACAAACUUGGUUCACAGUUGGCGCCAUGGCCGUGCCAGCAGUGAGCAAGCAGCCGCACGAGUCGCCGGAAGACGAGCUGCAGAAGAGAAAGAAACGAAAGCGCAGUAGAGGAAAGAAAGCUCCGGCAGAGUCUGAUGAAGCUCCAGAGGUGAAGCAGAACGAAGAGGAGAGCGAAGAUGACGAAGAGAAGGACAAGAAGAAGAAGAAGAAGCAGCAGAUCGCAGAUGUGAAUGAAGAUGAGAGUGACGGACGAAAGGAGGAACAUAGCAAGGGGGAAGAUGGCGAGGCAGAGGGUAACACAAAGGAGAAGAAAGUGAGGAGUGGCGGCGGAAUUAUGAGCACUGACUCGUUUGAUUCUCUGGAAUUAUCCGAGCCUACGAGGAAGGCGAUUCGAGAGAUGGGAUUCCACUUUCCAGUAUUUGACCCAGAUUCAAUCAAGGGCAAUUCCACUCCUGCUGAUGGGCAAGGAUGUCUUGGGUGCGGCAAGGACAGGUUCUCGGAAAACCCUUGCCUUUCUGAUACCGGCUGUGGAGUUGCUGUACAAUGCUCGUUUCGCUCCCCGCAAUGGUACUGGGGUGGUGGUUAUUUGCCCUACUAGAGAACUUGCCAUUCAGACACAUAAAGUGGCAGAAGACCUUCUCAAGUAUCAUUCACAGACACUUGGGCUGGUUAUUGGUGGGGCAGCAAGGAAAGAAGAAGCGGAGCGAAUUGUCAAAGGGGUAAACUUGUUGGUUGCAACUCCUGGUCGACUUCUGGAUCAUCUUCAACAUACCAAAGGAUUUAUUUAUAAGAACUUGAAGUGCCUGACGAUUGAUGAGGCAGACAGGAUAUUGGAGGCCAACUUUGAGGAAGAUAUGAAACAAAUUAUCAAGCUUUUACCAAAGCAGACCAGGAAGACUGCCUUAUUUUCAGCCACCCAAACUAAAAAGGUGGAGGACCUUGCUCGGUUGUUGUUUCAGACGACUCCUGUUUAUAUUGAUGUCGAUGAUGGGAGACACAAGGUUACAAAUGAAGGUCUUCGGCAAGGCUACACUUUAGUUCAAAGUUCCGAGAGAUUUCUUGUUCUUUACUCCUUCUUGCGGAGUACCUUAUCAUCAAAGAAAGUGAUGGUUUUCUUCUCGUCAUGCAAUUCUGUGAAGUUUCACUCGGAACUUCUGGGGCGCUGUAAAACAAAAUGCUUCGAUAUCCAUGGAAAACAAAAGCAAGAGAAGCGAACCUCGACCUUCUUUAGUUUCUGCAAAGCUGAGAAAGGGAUCUUGCUAUGCACUGAUGUUGCUGCUCGUGGACUUGAUAUACCUGCUGUGGAUUGGAUUGUGCAGUAUGACCCACCUGAUGAGCCCAAGCAAUACAUACAUAGGGUUGGCCGAACAGCACGUGGAGAAGGUGCAAAAGGAAAUGCCUUAAUAUUCCUGACUACGGAAGAACUUCGAUUUCUGGAGUAUCUGAAGGCAGCAAAAGUCCCCUGAAUGAGUACACAUUCAAUAAAAAAAAGAAGCUAGAAAAAGUUCAGACUUGCCUGGAGAAAUGGGUGGCUGGGAACCAUUUCUUGAACAUGUCGGCAAAGGAAGCUUACCGAUCUUACAUCUUGGCAUACAACUCACACUCCAUGAAAGAUGUCUUCAAUGUCCACCGCCUCGACAUACAGGCGGUUGCAAAGUCAUUUGGCUUCUCUGGGCCACCAAAGGUGAACCUGAACAUCGACAGCAGUGCCUCCAAGUUUAGAAAGACCAACAGCAACAAGAAGAAGAAAGGUAGCUUCAGCUACAGAAAUCCUUAUGGACGAUCAAGCCAUGAUAAGCAGAAGUUCAUAAUAUACUAGGUGCUGGGAGAGGCCAAGAAGCUUCCCCUCCAAAGUUUUGCAGCAGAUUUUGAUAUUUAAACAAGUUUAUAGCCAAAUUUCCAUCUUUCCUUCCAGUUUGAGAUACUCUUUUCCCUCCGCAGCAGAAGUUCUAUGCAACUCAUGAAGCUGCCGAAUCCUGGUAACUGUUAAACGACAUUGUUUCAGCGUCCAUUAAUUUAAAUUUUUUUCGGUCUUUCUUUUCUCUAAACCAUUGACGAUGAAUAUAUGACACGCCGAAGAAGACAAGAGUAACU